AUGGCCGCUAUCAAGGCGCUGCCGCCCUCCUCGGCACGCUUCUCGAGCGCCACUGAUGACGGCCUUGUCUGCCUCGAGCUUGAGGACGGCUCCGCAUACACUGGCUACAGCUUCGGAGCCCAGAAGAGCAUCGCUGGAGAGCUGGUCUUUCAGACGGGCAUGGUCGGGUAUCCCGAGUCUUUGACAGACCCUUCAUACCGCGGACAGAUUCUCGUCACUACCUUUCCUCUCGUGGGAAACUAUGGCGUGCCUUCUCGCGAGACCGUGGACGAGCUUCUCGGUGACCUGCCAGCACACUUUGAGUCCUCCCAGAUUCAUGUCACUGGCCUCGUCACCGAUUCGUACUGUGGCGAGGACUUUUCCCACUUCCUGGCAACCUCCUCACUCGGCACCUGGCUCAAGGAGCAAGGCGUCCCUGCCAUGUACGGCGUCGAUACCAGGGCCCUGACCAAGAAGAUUCGAGAAAAAGGCAGCAUGUUGGGCAGGAUGCGACUUCAGACGACGAUCCAGACCAACGGUGUCGCCAAUGGCAUCGCCAAUGGCAACCCGCCCCAGAGUUUCGCCCAAAUUGAAUGGGUGAACCCUAAUGAGAAGAACCUCGUUGCUGAGGUGUCUGUCAAGACCCCUAAGCUCUAUAAGCCCCCUCCUUCCGUGGCCACCCGUAAGCACCCGUCAGGCCGGCCGAUUCGCGUCUUGUGUGUCGAUGUUGGCAUGAAAUUUAAUCAGCUGAGGUGCUUCCUCAAGCGUGGUGUGGAGGUCAUGGUCUGCCCGUGGGACCACGACCUGGCCAAGGAGGCAGGCGACCAGUACGAUGGCCUCUUCCUUUCAAACGGCCCUGGUGACCCAAAGGUCCUCGAUGUUACCGUCAGGAACGUGCAGGCCGCCAUGGAGAAGAACAAGACGCCUGUUUUCGGUAUCUGCCUGGGCCAUCAAUUGCUUGCGCGUGCCUCUGGAGCCUCGACUAGCAAGAUGAAGUUCGGUAAUCGUGGCCACAACAUCCCCUGUACCAGCAUGGUAACUGGAAAGUGCCACAUCACCUCGCAAAACCAUGGGUACGCUGUUGAUGCCAGUACUCUGACUGCUGGCUGGAAAGAGCUCUUUGUCAAUGCCAACGACGGUAGCAACGAGGGCAUCAUGCACGUCGAAAAGCCAUACUUCAGUGUCCAGUUCCACCCCGAAAGCACGCCUGGUCCUCGCGACACUGAGUAUCUGUUUGACGUCUUCAUCAACACCAUUGUCAACUCCACCAAGAACCCGGAGCUCCUUCAGCAGCCCGUCAGUUUCCCAGGUGGGACGAUUGAGGAGAAUGAGCGGCUUCACCCUCGUGUCUCUGUCAAGAAAGUCCUUGUUCUUGGCAGCGGUGGUCUCAGCAUUGGCCAGGCUGGCGAGUUUGACUACUCUGGUAGCCAGGCUAUCAAGGCCCUCAAAGAAGAGGGCAUCUUCACUGUCUUGAUCAACCCCAACAUCGCCACUAUUCAGACCUCAAAGGGCCUUGCCGACAAGGUGUACUUCCUGCCCGUCAAUGCCGAGUUCGUCCGCAAAGUCAUUCACUACGAACGCCCCGACGCCAUCUACGUCACUUUUGGUGGCCAGACUGCUUUGCAGGUGGGCAUUCAGCUCAAGGAUGAGUUCGAGGGUCUCGGCGUCAAGGUUCUGGGAACUCCCAUUGAUACCAUCAUUACGACCGAGGACCGUGAGCUCUUUGCUCGCAGCAUGGACUCCAUUGGUGAGAAGUGCGCCAAGUCCGCCUCUGCAAGCAACGUUGACGAGGCCAUGCGAGUUGUCAAGGAUAUUGGUUUUCCCGUCAUUGUUCGCGCCGCCUACGCCUUGGGUGGUCUUGGCAGUGGAUUCGCCAACAAUGAAGAUGAACUUCUCGACCUUUGCAACAAGGCCUUUGCUGCCAGUCCCCAGGUGCUUAUUGAGCGCAGUAUGAAGGGCUGGAAGGAAAUUGAGUACGAAGUUGUCCGAGAUGCGCAGGACAACUGCAUCACAGUCUGCAACAUGGAAAAUUUUGAUCCUCUGGGCAUCCACACCGGCGACUCCAUCGUCGUCGCCCCCUCGCAGACUCUAUCUGAUGAGGACUAUAACAUGCUGCGAACCACUGCCGUUAACGUCAUUCGUCACCUUGGCGUUGUUGGCGAGUGUAAUAUUCAAUAUGCCUUGAACCCGUUCUCCAGAGAGUACUGCAUUAUUGAAGUCAAUGCCAGACUCUCUCGGUCUUCGGCCCUUGCUUCGAAGGCUACCGGAUACCCCCUUGCUUUCAUUGCGGCCAAGCUGGGUCUUGGUAUUCCCCUCAAGGAGAUCAAGAACUCCGUGACCAGGGUCACCUGCGCCUGUUUUGAGCCGUCUCUUGAUUACGUUGUCGUCAAGAUGCCUCGAUGGGAUUUGAAGAAGUUCACCCGUGUCUCUACACAGCUGGGUUCUUCUAUGAAGAGCGUGGGCGAGGUCAUGAGCAUUGGCCGAUCAUUCGAAGAAGCCAUUCAAAAGGCCAUCCGAUCCAUCGACUUCCACAAUCUCGGCUUUAACGAGACCAAAGCACUCAUGAGCAUCGACGAUGAGCUCCAGACGCCUUCUGACCAGCGCCUGUUUGCCAUUGCCAACGCCAUGCAUGAGGGCUACUCGGUUGACAAGAUCUGGGAGAUGACCAAGAUUGACAAGUGGUUCCUGCGCAAGCUCAAGGGCUUGAGCGACUUUGCCAAGGACAUGAGCCGAUAUACCACAAAGGACAUUGCCCGAUCUCCUAACCUGCUACUUCAGGCUAAGCGUCUCGGUUUCUGUGAUCGUCAGCUUGCCAAGUUCUGGGACUCCAACGAAAUUGCUGUCCGCAGGAUGAGACUCGAGGCAGGCGUUCGACCCUUUGUCAAGCAGAUCGAUACUGUUGCUGCCGAAUUCCCUGCCUUCACCAACUAUCUCUACCUCACUUACAAUGCCAGCGAGCACGAUGUUUCGUUUCAUGAUCAUGGCGUCAUGGUUCUUGGUUCCGGUGUUUAUCGUAUUGGUUCCUCAGUCGAGUUUGAUUGGUGCUCCGUUCGUGCCAUUCGAACUCUACGGCAAACUGGCUUCAAAACCGUCAUGGUCAAUUACAAUCCCGAGACCGUCAGCACUGACUACGACGAGGCCGAUAAACUGUAUUUCGAGAACAUUAACCUCGAAACCAUCUUGGAUAUCUACCAGUUGGAGGCCUCUAGUGGGGUACUUGGAGCUAUGGGUGGCCAGACCCCUAAUAACAUUGCUCUGCCGCUGCACCGAGCUGGCGUCAAGAUUCUCGGCACCUCACCGGAGAUGAUUGACAUGGCCGAAAACAGAUACAAGUUUUCUCGGAUGCUGGACCGCAUCGAGGUUGACCAGCCCACCUGGAGGGAGCUCACCAGCUUCUCCGAGGCUCGGGAAUUCUGCAAUGCCGUCAGCUAUCCAGUGCUUGUCCGCCCAUCCUACGUUCUGUCUGGCGCUGCUAUGAACACCGUCUAUUCCGAGAAGGAUCUGGAAAGCUACUUGGCUCAGGCUGCCGAGGUUUCUCGAGAGCACCCCGUCGUCAUUUCCAAGUACAUUGAGAACGCCAAGGAAAUUGAGAUGGAUGCUGUCGCCAAAGAUGGCGUGGUUGUUGGCCACUUCGUCUCUGAGCACGUGGAGAACGCUGGAGUUCACUCUGGCGACGCUACCCUCAUCCUACCCCCCCAGGAUCUAGAACAGACCACAAUCGAGAGAAUCGAGGAGGCCACGCGCAAGAUUGGUGCCGCUUUGAACGUGACUGGUCCUUUCAAUAUUCAGUUCAUUGCGAAGGACAACGACAUCAAGGUUAUUGAGUGCAAUGUCCGGGCUUCUCGAUCGUUCCCCUUUGUUUCCAAGGUCAUGGGUGUCGACUUAAUUGAGAUGGCCACCAAGGCUAUCAUGCACCAGCCCUUCCAGGAGUAUCCCGCUACCAGCCUUCAGCCCAACUGUGUUGGCGUCAAGGUACCCCAGUUCAGUUUCUCGCGUCUGUCCGGUGCUGAUCCGGUGCUGGGUGUGGAAAUGGCUUCCACCGGUGAGGUUGCUUGCUUCGGUGUGGACAAGUACGAGGCCUACUUGAAAGCGCUGCUGUCUACUUGUUUCAAAAUUCCCAAGGCCAACAUUCUUCUGUCCAUUGGCACGUACAAGGACAAGAAGGAGUUGCUGCCAUCGAUUCAGAAGCUCCAGCGCAUUGGCUACAAGUUGUUUGCUACCGCUGGCACUGCGGAUUUCCUGCAGGAGCACGGUGUUCAGGUUCAGUACCUCGAAGUUCUCGGCCGCGAUGAAGACAUCAACUCCGAAUUCUCUCUCACCCAGCAUCUGGCCAAGAAUACGAUUGAUUUGUACAUCAAUUUGCCUUCGAACAACAAGUAUCGCCGCCCAGCCAACUACAUGAGCAAGGGGUACAAGACUCGCCGUAUGGCCGUUGACUACCAGAUUCCUCUGGUGACCAACGUCAAGAACGCCAAGAUUCUGGUCGAGGCCAUCGCUCGGCACGUUUACUUAGACGUUUCCAAGCGUGACUUCCAGCUGAGCGAGGUGUACGCCCCGGCGCCUGUCGUCACUGCGAAGACCCCCGAGAUGAAGGCCUCCUCCCUUCCGUCCAUCGGACAGGUUACGGUCAGCCCUCGACGGCGUGGCGGCGAUGCCACGCUUGCCUCCCCUAUUCGUGGCGCCGGCCAAAUUGACGAGCUUGCCCUGCCCGUGACCGUCCAGACUUCCGCCAUCAGCGCCUCCGUUCUCAAGAUCUUAUCCCAGCCUUCGGUCUUCAAGAAUGCCAAUGUCUUGUCUGUGAAGCAGUACACUCGUGCCGACCUGCAUUUGCUGUUCACGGUCGCUCAGGAAAUGCGCCUGGGCGUCCAGCGCGCAGGAGUCUUGGAUAUCCUGCGUGGGCGUGUCCUGUGCAGUGUUUUCUACGAGCCUUCCACCAGGACAUCUGCGUCUUUUGAUGCUGCGAUGCAGCGCCUGGGCGGGCGCAAUGUUUCCGUUCCUGCCACAAACUCAUCUGUUCAAAAGGGUGAGACUCUCCAGGACACUUUGCGUACUUUGGCUUGUUACGGUGACGCUAUUGUUCUCCGCCACCCGGACGAGAAAUCCGUGGACAUUGCCGAAAAAUAUAGCGACGUCCCCGUCAUCAAUGCAGGCAAUGGCAGCAAAGAACACCCUACCCAGGCGUUCCUCGACCUUUUCACCAUCCGUGAGGAGCUUGGUACUGUCCAGGGCCUGACCAUUACCUUCCUGGGUGACCUCCUGUACGGGCGUACCGUGCACUCCUUGGUCCAGCUGCUCCGCCACUAUCAGGUGCAAGUACAGCUGGUCGCUCCCAAGGGACUAGAGUUGCCUAAAGAUGUCAGGGAUCAACUGGCUGCAUCUGGCCAGCUGCUCGUCGAGUCAGACAAUCUGACUCCUGAGAUAAUUUCCCGCAGUGAUGUCCUGUAUUGCACCCGUGUGCAGCGGGAGCGAUUCGAGACGGCGGAGCAGUACGAGAGAGUGAAGAGCUCGUAUCGCGUGGACAAUGCCACUCUCAAGCACGCCAAGAGCCACAUGGUGGUCAUGCAUCCUCUGCCGAGGAACGACGAGGUGGCAGAGGAGGUGGAUUUCGACCAGCGAGCGGCCUACUUUAGACAGAUGCGUUAUGGGCUGUACUGCAGAAUGGCGCUCUUGGCGCUGGUUAUGGCUUCCUCGUAG